UUCAAAGAAUAUAAAUCCUUGAAGUCGUGAUUCAAGUUCUAAAUUAUAACAAAAUAAUAUUUAAGAAAUUUGUGAUAAAAUAAGAUAUAAAGUAUAAUCGAUAGAGUUUAAAAUAUUUUUUCUUAUGAUAUAAUACGUUAAAUAAAUAUGUCCCAUUUGCAAUAUAUGCCCGGAGACCCUCGGCUGGUGGAUCAAUUGGUUUACGAAUUAAAAUCAAAAGGCAUUUUCGAUCAGUUCCGCAAAGACUGCAUUGCAGAUGUAGACACUCGGCCGGCUUAUCAGAAUCUAAGGCAGAGAGUUGAGAACUCUGUUUCAACCUUUCUAUCCCGACAGACUUGGCAACCGGAUUUAAAUAAGAAUCAGCUGAGAGAAAAGUUGAGGAAACAUAUUUUAGAUGGCAAUUACUUAGAGCAAGGCGUUGAAAGAAUUGUGGACCAAGUUGUUAAUCCGAAAGUUGCAUCCGUCUUUAUACCUAAGGUUGAAGACCUUGUGUAUAAUUAUUUAGGUAUAACUAAGAAGAAAUCACCGGUACCAGAAACAUCGAACGGGAAACUUGAGGAUCUCCUGCCUAAUGAUUUAGAGGCCGUAAGUCCGGGGUCUGUGAAGAGUAAUGAAGACAGGAACGAGUCUAUGGAAGUGGACGGAGAGGAAAACACUAAAAUGGAAAUCGAUGAGGUCAAGCAGAACUCUGAUGUUAUAGAUAAUGUUCAGUCUGAAAACUGUGAAGAGACAACUGCCGAUAUUCUUCUACCGCCGGAUGUCAUUAGUGAUGAUAAAAUAGAAAUACCUCUGCCGGAGGAGGAAAUAAAUAUGGAAAAUAUACCAGAGCCGAAGAAAAUGGAAGUGGAAAAAAUCGAACUGCCAAAAGAACCGAUUAAUUCUACUGAUAUACCAUUGCCUGAUGAUAUACCGAAGGAAGAAAAAGAUGAUUAUUUCAAACCCAUCAAUAGUGACGACGAUGACUCAAGUUCGGAUUCGUCCCUCAUACGAAACAUGUCACCAUUAACACCGAUCAGAAAUUACAAUAAUGAAAAUUCAUAUGACGCCCAGCAAGCCUUCGAAAAUGACUCAGUGGAAGAUAAAACUGACGACAAAAAAGAACCUAAUAUAUUUAGAUUCACAAUCGACGCAAAAUCUCCUGAAAAUAACUCAGAUGUGGCUAAAUCCGAGAAGAAACAGACGGAAAAUAACUUAGCUUACCGGUUCAAUAAUCAGGUGACCAUCAAUACACCUGUUUACGAGGAUAGUUCCAAUAGCAACAUUCUUCACAUAGACUAUGAGAGUGAUGCUAAUAGCAAAGCAAACAUCGACAACAAAGUAAUCGAAAAUGAUCAAAAUUCAAAAGACUCUAAAAGAGAAAGCAAAGCUGAAGAGAAGAGAAGUAGUCAUAAAAGUUCCCAUCGCUCGCAUAAACAAUCGAGCAGCAAGGACAAGAGAUCAGAUUCAAAAAGUUCCAGUUUAAAAGAAAGUCGUCAAGAUAAAAGUAAAUCUUCCAAAGAUGAUUCUAAACCAAAAUCCAGUGACAAAGAAAAGUCUAGAGACAGAAGUGACAAGAAAGACAGCAGGGAUUCUUCUAGACAUAGAAGUUCACACAAAACAAGUCACAAGGAUUCAAAAUCUCACAGAAGCUCCAGUUCAAGUCAGAGACAUUCAAGCAAAAGCGACGAUAAGAAGCCAUCUAGUCAAAAAGAUAAAGAAAGAGACAGAAGUGAUAAAUCAAAAGAUUCGAAAUCGACUUCUCAGAGGUCAGACAAAGAUAGAAAGAGUAGCAGCAGUAAAAAUGAGAAGAGUAAAAGCAAACACGACGAUAAAGACAAAGACAAAAAGAAUAAAAAGGAGACAGAUGAUCAUUACAGUGUGUCUGGGCGAGGGAACCCAAACAGGCGUUCAACAGACAGGGACUCCAACGACGGCAGUUCCUCUUCAAAAGGAUCUCACAACCCAUCCAGUUCUAAAUCUACGAAUGGUAAGAAAGACAGUAAAAGUAGUUCCAAAUCAGAAACUACAUCUACGAGUGGAGAAUCGACUAGCCCCAGUGAUAAAGAAAAUGUUGUGCACGACGGAACAACUGCCAAGGAUUUACUCCAACACAAACCUAUAGUCAGGAUUGAGAGUCGUCUUGAAACGCCGAUGGCAUCCCCGCCGAGGCUCCCAUUUGUACCGGACGUGACCAUUAGGAAACCGAAAUUCGCCGCUAAUUUGGAAGAAGCGAAACGUCUCAUGAAGAUGAGGAAAUUUCUGGAUGAAGAGCAGAAACGGAUGAACCAGGAAGCAGCUUUACUUCUAGAGUUCCAAGCUAAUGUUAGACCGAGUUUGAGUCAGGUAUACUCUAAUAUACCCGGACCGGAGUUGGAGUUCGCUUGUAUCAUGAAUUCCAGACACACUCAGGAUGACAUACAAAAUAAUGAUGAUAAGGAUAAUGUACAGAAACCGCACUACACCAACAAUCAAUUGCUGACCGUGCUUAACAACGAAUAUGACGACGAGAAAUCAGAUAUGGAAGUGCGGGCCACGACGAGUACGGAACCUAUCGCCAUUGAAGUUAACGAAGGUGAACCUACCCCGAUACUGUCACAGAAUAUUCAGGAUGAUAUCUAUCGUGCUGUGAAUGAAAAUGCUGAAGAAGAAGAUGUAGAAAACAGUUCUACGACAGAUAAUACUCAUACCAAUACAGAAAAAAAAGAAAGAGGCGAGGAAAGCUUAAGAUAUUUUGAUAAAAAUGAACAGUACGACGCUGAAAUUGAGAGAGCCAAAUUCACUUCAUUCUUCAUUGAAUACAAAGAGAAAACUAUUAGUGAUAAAUUAUACUUGAUUAACUGCGAUCCGUAUGAAGAGAAUAUUGUUCGCGACGUGUCCAAAAAGUUCGGUAGGUUUGAAAUUGUGAACUACAUUAAAAACGGUCAUCUCAAGUUGCCGACGACGAACGUCGUGAGGAACGUCAAUAUAUCCACCGAAAUAUCUCUACCGAUUGAAGCUGACUUCGAAAUGAACGGCUCCGAGAGUCCCAAAUCGCAGAUAUUCAGUCCGGGGAAAUCUGAAUGUUCCUUUGAUCUAUCCAGUGACUACGACGCCAAGUUAACGGAGAUGGUCAACAAGACAUCCAGACAGGAAAUCAUGGAGAUCAUAUUAGGCAGCGCACUGGAUUCAUCUACAAAGAUGCCGACCAUAGAUUAUUUCACGGAUUCCAAUAUAGAAGCCUUCGAGAACAGUAUGAAACGCAAGAUGAGUGAAGAGACGACGGUCAACAAUAACAUACACGUGUUAACUCCGAAUAAAAUAAGAAAAUUGAGCACAGACCAAAUAACAUCCACCACUGAGGAAAUAGAGGAACUCCCUACAAACAAAUCAAACUGCACACGAUCCAAAUAUUUAGGCAAGGCUAGAAGGGUGGGUCUGCCGAGACCAAGAAAAACAUUGCUCCCAAACAGUCCGUCAAGCGACAAGUCGGUUGAGAAUUACGAACAGAACACACCGACACAAUCGCCCAACGGAAAAAUUAAACGCAACAAAGUACAAAGAUACGACACCUCCGACCUUUACAAACCUAAACUACACUUCCUAUCACGGAGAAAUCAUCAUGUUACUUAAUGAAUAAAACGAACGAUAUAUACGAAUUGUUUUAUUAUUAUAAUGUUGAAAUAAAUAUUACUUUGAAUGGCCUUCAAAUAAUCACAUCCAUAUUUUUUUAAUGUCAUUUGUCGUAUUUUGACAGUUCUCGUUGUAUUGUUUUUUUUGGAGGGAAACUUGUAUUUUAAUUACAAAUGAAAUGUUUAGGGUCUUAUUAUUUAUUUUUCAUAAUAUUUUGUUGUGAUUUGAUUUAUAAUUAGUUGUUUCAAGAGGAUUUGCGUGUCAUCUAUAACCUCACACCGAGAGACUCAUAAACAAAGCUUUAGUAACAGGAACCUUUUACGAAUAUGAUAAUAUUUACAAACAGUUAAAACGAAACUCGUCUUCUUUAUUAUAGUCAUAUGUAAUGUGAAGUGUUUAACAUUUAUAAAGAUACCUGUUUUGUUUCGCCAAUGCUAAAUAUUUAUUUUUUAUAUGAAUAAAUCUAGUUCAAUAAACAUAUAUGAUUAGGCUACCUUGUUGUGUUUUGUGAAUACUAUAUCAGAACAGAAAUAUUGUAGUCACUUUGUUCAUAAGUAUGCCUUAUUGACUUUAUUAUUACAAACUAUAAUCAUAAUUUUAUAAAUGAAAUUAAAUUUUGUUAAUAUCAA